AGAUCUCCUUUCCCAUUCUUUCCCUGUACACAAACCCUCAGCCUAGAAAAAUAGUUAAUCUCUCAUCGAUUUUCCUUAAAUCUUUCAUCAAUCAUGGCUCUUUUAGUGUUUUUAGUGCUUUUCAUGGCCAUGACUGGCCAUUCAACUGCUACCUAUUGCUUGUGCAAAGAUGGACAGAGUGAUGCAGUUUUGCAGAAGACUCUAGAUUAUGCCUGUGGCGCUGGGGCUGAUUGCACUGCCAUCCUUCAAAAUGGUGCCUGUUACCAACCCAACACUGUUAAGGCUCACUGUGACUAUGCUGCCAAUAGCUAUUUUCAAAGGAAAGGUCAGGUUUCUGGUAGCUGUGAUUUCGGCGGAGCUGCCACUCAAAGUGUUAAUCCCCCUACCACCGUUGUUGCUGGGUGUUCUUUUCCCUCAAGUCCCAGCAACACUGGGACAAGUACCUCAACACCAACCAACACCACACCGACAGCCGGAACCCCAACCACGGGAACAACCACUGGGACCACCACGGGCACAACCACCGGAACCAACCCUGUAUUCGGCGGCACAACUCUUGCUCCAACAGGGACAACCACCGGCCUUGGCGACUCCAGUGAUGCCGUGCCUCUUUUGAGAUUCAAAAGCAUCUACUUUUUCUUCUCCUUUAUGAUGAUGAGCCUUUUCUUGAUGUGGGGCUGAGAGCGCACACAAAGGGUUGAAAAAGGAGGUGGGUGGGGUUUGAUGUGCGGAUGAGAUUUUGCCAAUACCGGAUGUGAAACAAUGAGUCCUACCCCGCAAUGGCUGUUUUGUUUUGUUGCUUCUUUUCUCCUCCACCUAAUGUGAAAAAGUUAGGAAUUUGAUUCCCUUUUGAGUGGCGCUAGGACUGCUAUUGAGUUGUAGUUGUAAUUGAACCGAUCACUUCCCUCUUAGAUUUAUGCUUAUGUGUAUAUCUAGGAAGAGCAGUCUACUCCUUUCUUUUUUAUAUGUAUAAUUUUUAGCGAAAAUUUAUCAUCCUGUCAUAUCUACUCUAUCACAUUCCAGAAUCAUUUUCUUUUACUGCUGAUAAAAAAAAUGUGGGAGA